UAAUUUAAUAGGUCAUUUCUAUCAAACGAAAGUUUUUCUCAGAAUGAAGUGUUAAAAUCUUUAGUUAUUAGCUUACGUGACAUACUCGGUCCUAGCAAACAUUUUCAGAUUAAUUGUGUUCUGAAAAAAUUACGAGUCGACUGUCCGUCUUUUACCCCCCACCAGCCUGGUUGUCGGCCAGUUGGCAAGACGACCCAAACACAAUGUGUCCUUUUAAUGACAGUAACUUUGUGGAUGCGGAGGACGCUGCGAGAGAUGAAAGUCUGGCCACGCUGGAGAUCUCGCUUCUCAGUGUCAUCUUCAUUAGUGCCGCCAUCCUCAACACCUCCCUACUGAUCGCCCUCUGGAGAAAGCGCAAACAGAUGUCCAGGAUGCGCGUCUUCGUCUUCCACCUGUGCCUGGCGGAUCUGGUGGUCGCUUUCUUCCAGGUGUGCCCGCAGCUCGUGUGGGACAUCACAGACAGGUUCGUCGGACCAGACCUGGUGUGUCGCCUGGUGAAGUACCUUCAAGUUCUCGGGAUGUUUUCAUCCACUUACAUGAUCGUGGUGAUGACAGUUGACAGAUACCAAGCUGUCUGCAACCCGAUGGUGAAGUUCAAGCGGACAAGCACAAGACUUAACAUCCCCGUGUGCAUGGCGUGGGGGAUUUCUCUGCUUUGCAGCUUGCCACAGGUUUUCAUUUUCUCACAGGUCGAGGUUGCACCUGGUGUGUUUGACUGCUGGGCCAAAUUCGUCCAGCCGUGGGGGCUGCAGACUUACAUAACCUGGACCACGCUGGUCAUUUUUAUUUUACCUGUUAUUACAGUUGUUGUUUGCCAAGUGCGCAUCUGCCGAGCCAUCCAGAUCAACUUGUACCAAAAGACUCAACUGCAGGGCAACGUGGGUCUCCCUCUGCCAUCCAGAGCCAGUGGUGUGGCCAGAAUGUCCAAGGCCAGGGUGAAGACGCUAAAGAUGACGGUGGUCAUCGUGCUGGUUUAUAUUGUCUGCUGGGCUCCCUUCUUCACCGUCCAGCUUUGGUCCGCCUGGGACACAAAUGCGCCGAAAGAAACUGCGACUUUCACCAUCCUGAUGUUGCUGGCCAGUCUCAACAGCUGCGCGAAUCCCUGCAUUUACCUUCUGUUCAGCGGUCAGUUUCCCAAGAGGCUGGUGACACUCCUGUGCCAGCGGCGAAACGAAGGUAAGGAUUCAGUCAAUGAAGAGAAGACGCUGGUCAGUACGUUGUACAUUAGCUUCAAAAAUGUCUCCGAGUCCACAUGAGGGCAAUGCGUUAUAAUUUGGAAACGGAAAAGCCUUUCGGUGCGCCUCGCGGAGCUGCCUGAGCUCUCUCUGCAUUUGACCGAGGGAAAUAAGCAUGUGGGUUUCUAUGUGGUAUGCCUAUGUCAUGGAAGCAUUCGCCAAAAGAAAACCUGGAAUGGGUGGCCAUGAAUGAGAACUGCGCUCCACAUGUAGUUGGAUGUUGACAGAUGACAAAAGCAAUUGUUUUGUUGGACUGUAGGGCCAGUGCCCUUUUGGGAAAACAAAGAAUCAAUGUGGACUUUGUAAAGAACAUAAUUUCAUCACAUUGUUAUGACUGUGACAGUAUUGAUGUGACAUCAAAAUAAUAGAAGCUGGAUUUGGACUUCAUGAACACUUUUGCCUUUUCAGACAGAUUCAGUGAUUGAAUUUCAGAUAAUGCUGUUAAGGAUAAAGAAGAACAUAAUAAUCUUGUAUUGUUAUUUUGUGGAAACACUGGUAUUUGAUGGAAUUUUGACCAAAAUGUUCGUCAUUAUACUACAAUAUCGCAAUACACCACAGUCCUUUGAGUUAAGCUCUGAUACCUUAAGGGAUUAGAUAUAGCCUACUGUAUAUAUAACUUUAUUUACCAAAAAGGAAGCUACUACAAAGACAGAAAGCAAGAACAACAGUUUUCAUGAAGAAGAAAUACAAACACAUUGUUUAAAUAAUGAAAUGCAAUAUGUGCCUGCCUUCAAAAAAAGCUGUAUUUAGAGACUGUGAGUUACAUUUGUUACUUAAAUGUUCUUUGUGGUGAAUAACUGUUUUAAAAUCACACACUGAGUGACUGUGUUGGUGAAAUAUUGUUCAGGCUAUAACCAACAGAAAGCAAGUGUGGAAUCAAGUUAUAUUCUCACAACUAUUUGUCUUUUUACUUGUGUAUAAGUACAUAUUUCCAAUCCACUAAUUAAAAAGUAAGAACCUAAUUAUGAUCAUAAUAUUCAAGAAUUUGUUUUUCCAUUUAUGAAAGUAUGUAAUGAACAGAUAUUAGCCAGGUGUAUGUCAAACAUGGUAUGUGCAUGAUCUGCUGGUCAGGGAUUUUCACAUUUAAGGAGCAGCAUACCAAAAGACUGACACAGCCUAAAAAAUGUCACACAUGCACACAUGAUACACAUAUAGGGAAUGUGGUCCAUUUGUUUUUCACUUACACUCAUAUAAGUACAAGGCCAUCGUUUCUUUUCAGCCAUUAUUUUUGGACAAUUAGGAAACAAAUGCUCCAUCAUUACACCAGACUGAUAGCAGUUCAUUAGCGUCUGUUGCCUGUGUGAUAUUGGGAAUGUGCAACGGUGGAAGGUUGAGGUAAACAUGUUGGAUAUAAAUGAGCGUGCAAAAAAAUGUACGCAUGUUUCAGCAAUAAGGUCAUAGUUAAAGGUGGUGUUGUACUAGACCUCAUAUAUUGUCCUCCCUUUUAACAUACAUGAGGGGGUCAGGAAAUAAGGAACCCCUCUGUGCAGCAGUAGCCUACAACACCCUCAUUCGUAUAGGCAUCACCAACAUUAUAGGAAUUAUAAAAGUACAUUUUAUGGCAGAGCAGUUGUAUUGGAUUGCAUUACACUGUACAAAUGUGCCUAAAAAAGUGGCACAACUGAGUGUCAGUGAGUUAGUUUCUCCCCCUAAUUGACUUAAAAGUAAGAAGUAACAAAAUAAAAUGUUGAGUUGCUUCUAAACUGCUGAUUUGAAGGUCUGCAUUGUCCACUGCCAUUAUUUACUCUUGUCUCGACCAAACAGAGAGGCCAUAAACACAGCCAGUUGUGCUUCAACCGUUUCCUCAUCAGACCCUUGAGGUCGCAUCACCUUUAAGUCUUUCCAGUGUUCUUUGAUAUGCCGAUGAACAUAAUAAUCUAUAAAACAAGCAUCUUCAAUCUACCUUUAUCAAUCUAAAUGGAUUAACAUCCAUUUAAUUUGUACUGUAUAUGACAACUCCUGAUGAGAUGUAAAGCUUUGAGCAGACAGUUCAACUACCAAUGCAAAGAAUUCUUUUUCGCUCAUCUCACCUUGUUCUGUGUCCUAUGUUGAUUCCCUGAGGAAAACUUAAUCAAACAAGUGCAGGAUCCAAAGUGUUACUUAUUGUAUUUCAGAAGGUAAAUUGUUGCAUCAGUAUAUCAAGUUACAUUGUAUUUGUGCUCAUGUUGUUAUUUCAAGGUUUAAAUACCCAAUAAAUGAAAUCAUAC